UCCAUAACACGCACGCCUGCUCUCUCUCUCACUACCCCUCUCCCUCACUCUGUCCUCUCUGCUCGGUUGCUCUCUUCCUCACUCAGUCUGCAUCGUGUAGCCCGGCUGUGCAGUCCUCUCUCCCCAUCUACGUCGCUCUGUCUCCCUCUCCGUCGCUCUCUCUCCCUCUCCGUCGCUCGCUCUCCAUCUCUCUUUUUGCAGCACAAUCGGAGGAGGAGUCACUGGCGCACUGUCCCUCACAGGCAGUCUCUUUAUCACACACAUAUACACACACACACUGUCUCUCUCUCCCACACACCCUGUGUGACCAGCCUAGCCAGCAGCCAGCAGGCCCGUUUCGGAGCAGGGGAGCCCAGUAGAGACCUAACCCAGGAUGGAUGUACUGAUGAAGGGGUUCAGCAUGGCUAAGGAGGGAGUGGUGGCCGCAGCAGAGAAGACCAAGGCUGGGGUGGAAGGGGCAGCCGCCAUGACCAAGGAAGGUGUCAUGUAUGUAGGUUCAAAGACAAAGGAGGGGAUGGACGCAGGAGUAAACAGAGUUGCUAACCGUGACCAGGCGAAUAUUGUCGCGGACCCCACUGCGGCUGGAGCUGACCUCACACAGGCUGGCAUAGAAAACACCGGGCAGGCGGAGGAGCCUCAGCCUGUAUACGAGGCGGAAUAUGGUGGAAUGGAGCAGGGAGGAGAAGGAGGAGAGGGUGGCUACUGAUCAUUCCAGAGCAACUCCCCAGCCCCUCCAUUGGUCCCCUCAGCCUGUUGUUCCAGACUUCCAGAUGUUCUACUUAUUUUUUUGUGACUAUGGAACCAAACAGAUAAAGACUCUUCCAGAUCCCCCUUUAUCCGCCCGAUACCCAUCAAACCCUCUGUUGUCCUUAACAGCCGCCAUCUUGGCUCCCUCUCUCCAUGUAGCUCCUCACCUUGCUGUUGUUGUUUCCCCUAGUGUCAUUGUCUCCCCUGUUCUCCUAAAACCCUAUCAAGAGACCUGAGCACACAUACACACAUACACACAGUUCACACAAACACAUACACAUGUGCACAAGCGCAUACACGCACACACACAAACGGGGCAGAUAAGAGAACUGUGAUCGUUAUUCGGGGUGACAGAACCACAGAUCACAUCUGAUUGUAGUUUGGGUGCUUGUGUGCGUGUCUGUUUGUGCAUGUAAGUGUGUUUUUGUGAGUCUGUGCAAGCUUGCAUGCGUGUGUGCGUUUGUGUGUGUGUUAGACUCGUCUGCAAGCAGGUCAGUUCGGUAAUGUGCUGUUCAUGUCACUCUCCUGAAAGGUAAUGUGCAAUGAUGAGGAACUGUGUGUACACAGGGUUUGGUAUGCGUGUGUUCAUGUGUGUAACAGGGCAUGCAAUAUGUCUUAAGACAUGUAAAAAAGAAAGCAACACACAUUAAUUGUAUGCGCAAGAGGGUGUGUUUGAGAGUGUGAGAAAAAAGCACCCACCCCGAUACAACAACUGAAGCUAUCGAUAUACGCAAUACGCUACAGUGAUUUUGGUGUAGCAAGGGUUUCAUCCAGGUGAAGACCAUCCCCUUGUCUACUCGUAGGGUUAAAGAGAAGUAAAGGAGGAAGCGAUUCAGAACGGUGAAAUGAGAAAAUACCUCGUUGUCGUAGUAAUAACAAGCAAUAGUCAGACAGGCAUUUCCGGUAGAGGAGCAUCAUGCAAUGCUGGAAAAUGUAUUUUUAAAAUUAGAUUUUUGAUUCCAACAAAAAGUCAAGGUUUUGCUCUCUUUGGCCAGCUGCUCCUGUGAGUCCCUCUGCCCUGCCACUCAGUGUGUCCCACCCAUCCCUGUGUCAGCAAGUUACUAGAGACUAGAACAUGUCCUGUGCUGGUACUGUGUGUGUAUGUGUGUACGUAUGUGUAUGUAUGUGUGUAUAUAUAUCUGUGUGUGUGUGUGCGUGUGUGUGUGUGUGUCUGUUCCAUAUUCAGCAGGUCAGUCCAGCAUCAAUGUGUGUACUAUAGAGCAGGUAUGUGUGUAUUAUUACUUUGAGGCUAAUGGAAACUGAUGACUGCAUGUUGCCUUAUCUAGCACUCUCAUUUUCACACACACACACAAAUCACACACACACACACACACAAACACAUAAUCCAUACAUACAGCACACUCAUAAAGCACACAAACACAAAAACAAAUCAAUGUCUACAGUUUUAUGUUUAAGUUGGCGUUGCGGCGGACUUGCUGAUUUUAUAAACAGUACCAGUGAAUUAAAGAUGGUUUUGUUGAAAUCCA